AUGUCUCAAAUCAAAUCGCUUGCCGAGAGCAACCUCUUCAAACCAAUCAAAGUCGGAAACGUCGAGCUUAAAAACAGGCUCGCGUAUCCACCAACAACCCGGCAAAGGGCCACUGCCGACUUUGUGCCAACCGACUCGAUGCUCAAGUACUACGAGCAGAGAGCAGAGAACAACGGCGGCCUGCUUGUCGCCGAGGCGACCUGUCCCGACUACAGCUUCGGUCCGCACCCUAACGCGCCGAUGAUCAAGACUCCGCAGCAGGUUGAGGCCUGGAGACAGAUCAUCGAGGCUGUGCACAACAAGGGGUCUUACCUCAGCAUCCAGCUGUGGCAUUUGGGCAGAACGGCCAACGCCCAGUUCAUCAAAUCCAAAGGCGUGCCGCUGGUGGGCCCUUCCAAGCUGUACAUGGAUGAGGCGUCUGAAAAGGCCGCCAAGGAGGCGGGCAACGAGCUCAGAGAGCUGACGAUUCCGGAAAUCGAGGACAUCGUGAAAGAUUUCGCCGCUGCUGCCAAGCGAGCCGUUCUCGAGGCCAAGGCGGACUUUAUCGAGCUCCACGCCGCACACGGCUAUCUCCUCGACCAGUUCAUCCAGCCAAACAUCAACAAGCGCACCGACAAGUACGGUGGCUCGAUCGAAAACCGUGCUCGGCUGACUUUGGAGGUGGUGGAUGCCUGUGUAGAGGCUGUCGGAGCCGAGCACGUGGCCAUUAGACUGUCUCCGUAUGCUGCUGUCCAGGGUCUUGAGGGCGUGGAUGCCGAAAUCCACCCGAUUUCGUACAUCGGCUACGUGCUCAGCGAGCUGGAAAGGAGAGCAAAGGAAGGCAAGAGACUGGCCUACGUGUCCGUAGUGGAGCCAAGGGUGAACGGUAUUUUUGACAGCAAGGACGAAAGAGAGUUCAAUACCUCGUGGAUCUCCGAGAUCUGGAAGGGCGUGCUAUUGAGAUCGGGUGCCUACCUGAACCAGAACUCGAAGUUCAUCGAGGAGGACGUCAAUGCGAACGACAGAACACUGAUUGGUGUUUCGAGAUACUACACCUCGAACCCGGAUCUUGCAGACCGACUCAAGAGGGGUCUCACUCUGACACCAUACGACAGGUCCAGAUUUUACAAGAUUUUCUCCAAUGACGGAUACAUCACUUUUCCCAAGCACGGAGAGGACCCGGAGAAAUACAAGGGCCUGGCGGAUGUUGUUCCGCAGCCCCUCGCAUAG